AUGAAGGCACUUCAAUGGAUAGGCACGCGCAUGGUAGAGGUGGACGUGCUAGCCAAACUUCGGGGAGCGCGCAAGGUGUCCACGGUUGGCAAAGAUGUACAGCGAUUGCGUAUUCCAGAGGAUUUUGGCAUGACUCCCAUGGACGUAAUAACGCAUCCGGACGUGGGCGAUUAUCUGCUGUCGAUUCAGCCUCACGGGCUCCAGCGUUCAAUUGAGGCCUCCUGGUUCCGAAGCACAUAG